UCUGCUUUCCCAAGCAUGCGUCACGUGACUUCACCCAGCACUGCCUGGCUGAGCACCAAGCCUACUGGUUUCUGGAUAUUUCAUGUGAGAAAAGGACAAACCUCGAACCCCUUUUCCUCUUAUCGUUCAGUCUGAGACAGUUUUGGGGUUUGUUUGUUUUUUUUACCUUUUUACCUCAUCUUUCCCCCCCACACCAUCGGAUAAUGUGGACCUUCAAAGCGCUCGGAGUAUGACAAAAGAUUUUAGGAUGCUGGACUUGUGCUCCUCGUUUUGUUUUGUUUAGUUAAAUGCCAACACGGUGAAUGCGUCGGACAGAGUGGACAAGCCUGCUGCUAGAGGUCCGCAUUGAGAAAGUCAACAUCUUGCCUUUCUUUAUUUGAUUUUUUCCCCCUGAGCGACUUCAGAAGGAUGUAACGACCGAUCCACCUUGCGCAUCUGAAGUGUCCUCAUCAAAAUGCAGAAGGGAAUACGACUUAAUGAUGGUCAUGUCACCUACCUGGGGCUUUUGGCAAAGAAGGAUGGUACAAGACGAGGGUGCUUGAGCAAAAAGAGCUCAGACAACACGAAAUGGCACACAAAGUGGUUCGCUUUGUUACAGAAUAUGCUCUUUUAUUUUGAGAACGAGUCCAGUUCUCGACCCUCGGGAUUAUACCUGUUGGAGGGAUGCACAUGCGACAGGGCGCCUUCACCUAAACCUUCGCUGUCAGCCAAGGAGUGUUUGGAAAAGCAGUACUAUUUCACAGUCAGCUUCAACCACGAAAACCAAAAGGCCCUUGAGUUGCGCACGGAGGAUGUAAAGGACUGCGAUGAAUGGGUGGCUGCCAUAUCACACGCCAGUUACAGAAACUUGGCUACAGAGCAUGAGGCUCUCAUGCAGAAGUAUCUUCAUCUGCUUCAGAUUGUGGAGACGGAGAAAACAGUUGCUAAGCAACUUCGACAACAGAUAGAGGAUGGGGAAAUAGAGAUUGAAAGGCUCAAGUCAGAGAUUGCUGGGCUGCUCAAAGACAACGAGAAGAUCCAUGCCAGCCCUGCAGCCGCUCCAACUGACGAUGACUCUGAAAUUAAGAAGAUCAAAAAGGUCCAGAGCUUUCUGCGAGGCUGGAUUUGCAGGAGGAAGUGGAAAACCAUCAUCCAGGAUUAUAUCCGCUCGCCUCAUGCAGAGAGCAUGAGGAAGAGGAACCAGGUGGUGUUCAGCAUGUUGGACUCGGAGGCAGAGUACGUCCAGCAGCUUCAUAUUCUGGUGAACAACUUCUUGAGGCCGCUGCGCAUGGCCGCCAGCUCUAAGAAGCCUCCCAUCACCCACGAUGAUGUCAGCAGCAUAUUCCUCAACAGUGAAACCAUCAUGUUUCUGCAUCAGAUCUUUUACCAGGGCCUGAAAGCCAGAAUAGCAAGCUGGCCAACAUUAGUCCUUGCUGACCUGUUCGACAUCUUGCUGCCCAUGCUGAACAUCUACCAGGAGUUUGUGAGGAACCACCAAUACAGCCUGCAGAUCCUGGCACAUUGCAAGCAGAACCGAGACUUUGAUAAAUUGCUGAAGCAGUAUGAGGCCAAGCCCGACUGUGAGGAAAGGACCCUGGAGACCUUCCUUACCUACCCUAUGUUCCAGAUUCCUCGCUACAUCCUGACUCUCCAUGAGCUGCUGGCCCACACACCCCAUGAACAUGUAGAGAGAAAUAGUCUGGACUAUGCCAAAUCUAAGCUGGAGGAGCUUUCCAGAAUAAUGCAUGAUGAAGUGAGCGAGACCGAGAACAUCAGGAAAAACUUGGCAAUAGAGCGCAUGAUUGUAGAGGGCUGCGAGAUUCUCCUUGACACCAGCCAGACGUUUGUAAGACAAGGGUCCCUCAUCCAGGUGCCAAUGAGCGAGAAGGGCAAGAUCACCCGUGGGCGACUGGGUUCUCUGUCUCUAAAGAAAGAAGGGGAGAGGCAGUGCUUUCUCUUCUCCAAGCAUUUAAUCAUCUGCACCAGGGGGUCUGGGGGAAAGCUUCAUCUCACCAAGAACGGAGUAGUUUCGCUUAUAGACUGCACUCUUGUGGAAGAUCCUGAGGGGACAGAUGAUGAGUCUAAAUCAGACAAGAGUGGUCAGGACAUGGAGCACCUGGACUUCAAGAUUGUUGUGGAGCCAAAGGACAGCCAGUCAUUCACAGUCAUCCUGGUAGCCUCCUCAAGGCAGGAGAAGUCUGCAUGGACUAGUGACAUCAGCCAGUGCAUAGACAACAUCCGCUGCAAUGGCCUGAUGAUGAACGCCUUUGAAGACAACUCCAAAGUCACAGUGCCGCAGAUGAUCAAGUCAGAUUCAAGUCUGUACUGUGAUGACGUGGACAUCCGUUUCAGUAAGAUGAUGAACUCCUGCAAGGUGCUGCAGAUCCGCUACGCCAGCGUGGAGCGUCUGCUCGAGAGACUUACUGAUCUCCGUUUCCUUUCAAUCGACUUCCUCAACACCUUCCUGCAUUCCUAUCGUGUGUUCACCACUGCUGAUGUGGUGCUGGAUAAACUCAUCACCAUCUACAAGAAACCCAUCAGUGCCAUUCCGGCCCGGUCACUGGAGUUAUUCUUUGCCAGCAGUCAAAAUAAUAAACUUCUUUAUGGCGAGCCACCCAGCUCCCCCAGGGCUAGCAGAAAGUUCUCCUCCCCUCCUCCUCUCGCUAUUGCCAAGAACUCAUCCCCCAACCGCCGUCGCAAGCUCUCUCUCAAUAUCCCCAUCAUCACUGGGGGCAAAGCUCUUGACCUGGCUGCCCUUAGCUGCUCCUCAAAUGGCUAUGCAAGCAUGUAUUCCUCCAUGUCUCCAUUCAGCAAGACCACCUUGGACAUCAAUAAACUGUAUGUGUCCAGCCCGAUCGCGAGCAAAAUCUCUGAUGAGGGAGAAGACAAGAAGGAAAAGGUGGACGACCCCUCGGCAUGCAAACAAGAUCUCUCUGUACGAGAAGAAAGUGAUAAUGAUCAAAACCAGAGCGAUGACGGGGAUCCAGAAGCUUCUCCUACCAAAUCUCCAACUACACCAAAAAAUAUCAAAUGCAAAAACUCCUCAGAGUUUUCCCUGUUUUCCUACAACAACGGCAUGGUGAUGUCAUCAUGUCGAGAGCUGGACAACAACCGCAGUGCUCUAUCUGCUGCCUCCGCCUUUGCUAUUGCUACUGCUGGAGCCAAUGAGGGUACCCCUACCAAGGAAAAAUAUAGACGGAUGUCCCUUGCCAGUACAGGUUUUCCAACAGAUCAGAGAAAUGGAGACAAAGAGUUUGUGAUCAGACGAGCGGCAACCAACAGAGUCCUGAAUGUGCUUCGGCACUGGGUGUCCAAACACUCUCCGGACUUUGAGAGCAACAAUGAGCUGAAAACGAAGGUUAUUGCCUUUUUGGAGGAAGUGAUGCAUGACCCUGAGCUGUUGACCCAGGAGAGGAAAGCGGCAGCCAACAUCAUCAGGACUAUAACUCAGGAAGAUCACGGUGACAAUCAGAUCGCGAUAGAAGACGUGACACAACUGGUAAGUGAAGUGGGAGGAGGGAAAGCUGAGACCUUCGAGAAUCACUCAGCAAUGGAAAUUGCAGAGCAGCUCACUCUGUUGGACCACCUGGUGUUCAAGGUCAUUCCAUACGAGGAAUUCUUUGGCCAAGGCUGGAUGAAGAAUGACAAAAAUGAGAAGACGCCGUAUAUCAUGAGGACAACGAAGCACUUCAAUGACAUGAGCAACCUUAUUGCCACGGAGAUCCUCUGCUGUGAUGAUGUUGUAACCCGGGUAGCAGUCAUCGAAAAAUGGGUAGCUGUGGCCGAUAUCUGCCGUUGUCUACAUAACUACAACGCCGUUCUCGAGAUCACCUCAUCACUGAACCGCAGCUCUGUUUUCCGUCUCAAGAAAACUUGGCUCAAAGUUUCCAAGCAGACUAAAGCACUGAUUGACAAACUGCAGAAGCUGGUCUCAUCAGAGGGGAGGUUCAAAAACCUCAGAGAGGCUUUGAAGAAUUGCGAUCCUCCCUGUGUGCCCUAUCUGGGGAUGUAUCUCACUGAUCUGGCUUUCAUUGAGGAGGGAACGCCGAACUACACCGAGGACAACUUGGUCAACUUCUCAAAGAUGAGGAUGAUUUCUCACAUCAUCAGAGAAAUCAGACAGUUUCAACAAACAGCAUAUAAGAUUGACUUGCAACCAAAGGUAGCCCAGUAUCUGCUGGACAAAAGCUUUGUUCUGGAUGAAGAAAGCAUGUAUGAAGCCUCACUCAGAAUUGAGCCUAAAGUGCCCAACUGAUGGGGAAGGUGGCCCUCCAUAGUAUUUUCUUUGUUAAUAUUACACAUCAGUUAACAUGCACAUCAACAUUUGUAUAGCUGUACAUGCUUAAGAUCUUGCUCCUCUGUACAGUAGAUGUUUAAAGUUGUUUGACAACAUAAAACAUUUUAGUGUAUAUUUUUCCGUGUAUGAUUUUUGUUGUUGCCAUUUCCACAAUGACACCUGCUUGAAGGAUUUUUUUUAAAUUUCUAUGAGUAUUUCAAGAACAAUAAUAGAGGUCACUUUAGCUGCAUGCAACCGUGUCUUCUACUGUGACCAAUGACAUUAUUUUGCAUCAUGCCAUACUGUAUCAAAUUUGCACUUCGAGCACUCGUGUUGCUGGCUGUUGUUCUCUUGGCUUGAGUUUUAUUGAUGACUGAAGUUCUCUGCAACCAAUGUAGCAUUGUAAAAAAAAAACUAAAACAAAAAAAUACUCCAUAAAAUCAGGUAAAAGAGCACAGAGAAUAUAAUUAAAGGUAGACAACAGUGAUCAGUGCAACUGACAGCAAGGUAUCCAAAGCAUAUGUGUCUCUGUGCUUCCCGAACCAAAACAAGAAGGAUUUGUUUCUUCAUUUCUGCUCACUAUUCUAAAGACAGGGGUUCCCAACUGUGCUUACCACACUGAAUGUUUUCCUACAGUGUAACUGUGGAGCAGUCCAGUAUGUCCAACCAGAUAUGAAAGUGAAUACAAGGUAAAGGUUCUUGUUGAAGUUAUUGGCUGAAUGAGAAAAAUGAAUACAGUCCACAGGAAGGUCAACUCUGUGAGCUAAAUGCUAAAAUUUGCAUGCUAUAUUUGCGAAGUUAACUGAACAACAAGCUCACCACUGUAGCUUAACUUGUUAGCAUGCUCACAUUUUCUAAUUAGCACUAAACGUACCGGUAUAUUGAAAGCUUACAGAAAUGUUAUUGGUUUUGCAAAAAUCAGUCAAGUAUUCACCAAAAAUUGUAAAUAUUGUUCUAAAAGUUGGAAAGUUAAUGGACCAGUUUAUCCUCUGUUGUUGUUGAGACAUUUUAUUAACAUCCACUGAUGUAAAUCACUAAUGUAAACCCUGUCGACAUCAUUGAAAUCAGAAGCAAAUGUGCUGAGAUGUGCCAAAAUAUUUCAGGCUGAGCUGCGAAAAAUCGCACUCUUGUUGCUAGAACCAUCAGCUCAGUCUACAUAUUUAUACUGAUAC